AUGAAUUCUUUUGAAAAUUAUUCAUCUUCAGCUUCAUUAGUAGAUGAUAAAGAAGAACAUUCAGAAUCAUCUAUCGAUUCAACAAUUCAAUCAUUUUCACAGCAAUUAGUUCAUAAAUCAAAUAAAACAGGACAAUCAUGGGCAGUAGGUUCUCUUGAGAAAGAAAUUUCAGAAUAUUCUCAUAUUUUAAAAGUACUUAACACAGAAAAAGCUCAUAAUUUGUCUCUACAUCUUUAUUCUAGUUUUAAAUUGCGUAAAGAAGAAACAGAGGGCCAGCAUAAGCCCUUAAUUAGAAAAAGAUGGACAGCAUGGCCUCUUCUUCCUGAUCAAUUCAACUUAAAUGAAUUCUCAAAAACAUCAAUAAAAUUAUUAACAGAUGAACUAGAAGCAUGUAUUUUUCGAAUUGCUACAAAAAAAAUUCGUAAUCAUAAUUUAGAACCUACAUCAGAAGAUGAAUUGCCACCAAACAUUAUUCAUUAUAUACUUAAAAUUGUUCUUUCACGGAUCGAUAAACUUCUUUCUGCUCUUUUACAUUUGCGAAAUAUUCAAGGCUCAAAUAGUUCAAAAUCAAGAUUACGCCUUUUACGAUGGGAUAAUGUUUUAGGAUGUGCAUCAAUUGCAUCAGCAUUCCCUUUUAAAGAUAUUAUGAAUACAACUAAUAUAUGUUCUUCUCUUUUUUCAGAAAAUAUUUCAUGGAAUGCUAUAGAAACCCCUUUGGACCUUGAAAAUACUCAAUAUUUAAGAAAAAAAGGCUGGGAUGUGCUCUCUGAAAUUCCUAGUUAUAGCAAAUCCAGAAAAAAGUCAAGAAAAAUUAACGACUUAAAAAAAUAUUUUCCCUAA